CAGGUGACGCAGAAGAGAACAAAUAAGAAAAUGCUAAAUGACAUACUUUAAUAGUUUCUUUCUUUGCUAGGUGCCCCUGACGACCCGGAACCCGGCCGAACAUGAACGCUGUCGUGUUCACCUUCUGCCUCCUCUUGCUGCUUUGCAGCUCGGCGGCACCGAUGUGCGUCGCCUCCGAUUACACGUUGUACGUGGAGAAGCCCGAGUGUGACUUCUGCGUGGCCAUCAACACCACCAUUUGCAUGGGAUUUUGCUACUCCAAGGACAGCAACAUCAGAGACAUAUUCGGCUCGCGCUUCGUGAUCCAGACAGGCUGCACCUACGACAGGGUGGAGUACCGCACGACCCAGCUGCCCGGAUGUCCCGGAACUGCCAGCGCCUCCUUCACUUACCCGGUAGCCCUCAGCUGCCACUGUGGAGCCUGCCGGACCGACACCGACGAGUGUGCCCACAGGGCGGACGCGGGCGGCUCUGCAUGCACCAAACCGGUCCGACACAUGUACCCAUACUCUGGCGACUACAUGCUCCCCUUCUGAAUCCGUUGUGUGUAUGCCAUCGCAUCCGGCCUGCUUUGUUACACCUGUGUCAGUGAAGGCUUGUGAGCCUCAUGUGUGUCUGAGUCACUGACCUCAUUCAUCCCCAAUGUACACAGAUGUGUUUGUUGUACUC